UUCCUUUAACAACAUCUGAUAUCACAAAGGAGCAAAUGCGAGUGGCUGAUGGCGCUGGAAAGAAGAAAAAUAUAAGCGAUUCCUCAGCCCGAAUGGUUUCCAUCCGCCCAAAGGAUGCUGAGGCUGGAUCACACGCUGUCGUAUUGAGGUCAUAGGCAAGCGUUGCCAUGGCGACCCGCUCUCGCUCGGGAGGAGGACACUGCGGCGCGUGCACCGCACGGCGGGGGCGUGCCCAGCGAAGACGCGCACGUCACGGGGGCGCGAGCCGAGGCGGUUCACCUCAGCGGCAGGCAAGGACUGACCGCGAGUCGUUCAGGAAACUGCACAGAAUUCUUUUGGACCCUUGUGGCGUUCCGUCCUAGAAAUUGGCGACGACAACGACGACGUGGCAAAACCGAGCUGAAGCCGAAUUGAUUGCAGGUGGCUGCUCGGCGAUGCAUCCGCAGACGCGUCCACGCCGCUCGGCGGUUCUGUUGUGGCUCGACCGGGCCUCAAAUUAUUGAGCCCGAUGUGGACCCAGCUGCUAGGCGGUGAAACGAUGAACGAAUGUGCUGCCGUCUUGCUGGAGGAGACGACGGAGGCUGAGCGUGCACGGAUACGUAGAGCCUCCUGCUGAUUAUCCCCAUUUUUUUUUUUUUUUUUAGACCCAGUUUGUGUAUGGGUUCAGUCUCCGGUGUCAUUAGCCCGGUUCGACUCAAGAAGGGAGGGACUGCUCUCAUUUUUUUUUUUACUGGUGGAUUCAUCUCCCCCUCCUUCAUUUCUAAAAAAAAAAAAAAAAUUGGACUUUUAUUUUUUCUAGUCAAUUUAUAAACGCUUCUGCUUGAAUGGACUUUUUGGCAAGCGGAGGACACAAUCCGAGGGGACCAGAAAGGACAUCAGUGAGAACCUGGCUCUCCACCAGCACCUGGGGAUCCCAAAUUAACAGGACAGGACACAGAGGGAUGGAACGUAACAGAACCACGGCUCGGGAAGCGACUUUGGAUCGUAUUCAGCACUGACGUGGCAGAGGCCCGCCCUCCGAAAUCCUGCCGCACCCCCUUCCACAUGACCUUCACGGGGCGGCGCUUGUUGAGUCUGUCACCCUUGGACUUCUACGUUUUGAUUAUUCACUGAGCAGCCAUGCUUUUAUUUCUACUUGCAAGUGAAGGAAAAAGACAAAAGUCCCUAAUGGCAGACUGGUGCAUGCACUUGGGCCUCACCCUCCUCUUAAAUGCGGCCUGCGGUCAAAAGGUGGAGCCCCCCAAGCAUCCCGUAGUCACCACAAACUACGGCAAGCUCCGAGGGAUCAAGAAAGACCUCAACAACGAGAUCCUGGGCCCGGUGGAGCAGUACCUGGGCGUGCCCUACGCCACCGCGCCCAUCGGGGACCGGCGUUUUCAGCCGCCCGAAGCCCCGGGCUCGUGGCAGGAGAUCCGCAACGCCACUCAGUUUGCCCCCGUGUGCCCCCAAAAUGUUCACGGGGUGCUGCCCGAGAUCAUGCUGCCUGUUUGGUUCACGGACAACCUGGACGUAGCGGCCGGGUACAUCCAGAACCAGAGCGAGGACUGCCUCUAUCUCAACGUCUACGUGCCCACUGAGGAUGGUCCGCUCACAAAAAAACACGAUGAAUCUGCAGCCAACAAGCCUCGAGACGAAGAUAUUCGCGACCGCAGAAAGAAGCCGGUGAUGCUCUUCAUUCACGGCGGCUCGUACAUGGAAGGCACCGGAAACAUGUUUGACGCCAGCGUCCUUGCCGCCUACGGCAACGUCAUUGUGGUGACUAUGAAUUAUCGUCUUGGUGUGCUGGGUUUCCUCAGCACCGGCGACCAGUCGGCCAAAGGCAACUACGGCCUCCUGGAUCAGAUUCAGGCACUGCGCUGGCUCAACGAGAACAUCGGUCACUUUGGCGGCGACCCGGAGAGGAUCACUAUUUUUGGAUCGGGAGCUGGAGCAUCCUGCGUCAACCUCCUCAUCCUCUCACACCACUCGGAGGGCCUUUUCCACAGGGCCAUUGCCCAAAGUGGUACGGCCAUCUCCAGCUGGUCCGUCAACUACCAGCCCCUCAAGUACACUAAAAUCUUGGCUCGCAAGGUGGGCUGCACCUACUCCGAGACGGCCGACCUGGUGGACUGCCUGAGGCGCAAGAACUUCAGGGAGCUGGUGGACCAGGACAUCCAGCCGGCUCGCUACCACAUCGCCUUCGGCCCCGUGGUGGACGGCGACGUGGUGCCAGACGAUCCCGAGAUCCUCAUGCAGCAGGGGGAGUUCCUCAACUACGACAUGCUGAUUGGCGUCAAUCAAGGCGAGGGGUUGAAGUUUGUCGACGACAGCGAGGACAACGACGGCAUCUCGGCCGCGGCGUUCGACUACACCAUCUCCAACUUUGUCGACAACCUCUACGGAUACCCCGAGGGAAAAGACAUCCUGAGGGAGACCAUUAAGUUCAUGUACACAGACUGGGCGGACAGGGACAAUGGCGACAUGCGGCGCAAGACCUUGCUAGCGCUGUUUACGGACCACCAGUGGGUGGCGCCGGCUGUGGCCACCGCCAAGCUCCACGCCGAGUUCCAGUCGCCUGUUUACUUUUACACCUUCUACCACCACUGCCAGACCGAGACGCGGCCCGAGUGGGCCGACGCCGCCCACGGAGACGAGAUACCGUAUGUUUUCGGAGUGCCCAUGAUCGGUGCCACCGACUUGUUCCCGUGUAACUUCUCCAAGAACGAUGUGAUGCUCAGCGCCGUCGUCAUGACCUACUGGACCAACUUCGCCAAGACCGGGGAUCCCAACUUGCCGGUCCCGCAAGACACCAAAUUCAUCCACACCAAGCCCAAUCGCUUUGAAGAAGUCAUCUGGACCAAGUUCAACUCCAAGGACAAGCAGUACCUCCACAUCGGCUUGAAACCUCGCGUCAGAGACAACUACAGAGCCAACAAGGUGGCCUUCUGGUUGGAGUUAGUCCCGCAUCUCCAUAAUCUGCACGACGAGCUCUUUUCAACCACCACUCGCUCACCCCCCGGCCCGGGCCCAGGCACCCCCAGAACCAGAACUACGGGCCCGCGCACCACCCACCGCCCUUACCCUACCUUCUCGUACGACCCGGAGCCCGACAGUUCGGAGCGUCCGCCCCCGGUGCUCUUCCCCGGCGACACCCGCGACUACUCCACGGAGUUGAGCGUGACGGUAGCGGUGGGAGCGUCCCUCCUCUUCCUCAACAUCCUGGCCUUCGCCGCCCUCUACUACAAGCGCGACAAGCGGCACGAGAUGCGACGCCACCGGCUCUCCCCCCAGCGGGGCGGUACCGCCAACGACCUGGCUCACAGCCAGGAGGAGGAGAUCAUGUCCCUGCAGAUGAAGCAUUCCGAGCACGACGCUCACCACGACAUGGAGCCCCUGCGGCCCCACGACAUCCUGCGGCCCGCCUGCCCGCCCGACUACACGCUGGCGCUGCGCCGGGCUCCGGACGACGUGCCUCUGAUGACCCCCAACACCAUCACCAUGAUCCCCAGCACCAUCACGAGCAUGCAGCCCCUUCACGCCUUCAACACCUUCCCCAGCACAGGUCAUAACAACACUCUGCCCCACCCCCACUCCACCACCAGGGUAUAGUAGGCGCUGAGCCAACACAGCAGCGCCACCCACAGGCCAGGAAGACUGGCUGUGCUUCGAACAACCUACAAAGGGGGAGGGACUUCUGGACCCGUGACUCUCCGAGGACAUCUCCACCACCUCCGAAUCACGCCGCCCGGCUCAAGAGUGUGCGGCGUAGCGGGCGAGCUGUGCGUUUCGGGCCAAACGGCUCUUCUCAAAAAGUGUCGGGAUGUUUUUCCAAGCAGCCAUUUCUUGAAGGGAACUCUCGCCUUUUUUUUCCCCCCCUCAUUUGAAUUAUUCUUAAGUAUCAUGGCGUCGCCUACUGUUUCAUCCCCUAAUGUGUUUUUGGUUUUUUUUCUGACAUCGGUAUCUGCUUUUCCCAAACCCUUUUCCAGUGUUUGUAAAAGAGGGGUGGGGUCAACUAUGAAAAGUUUCUGUAUCGUAUACUUUGAUUCAACCAGCAUUCUCGGUGCCAAGUUAGUGUUUGCAUACUCAUGAAGGGCAAAAAAGAAAACGUUGAAGAAAAAAAAUACACAAUAUUUAUUGUCCACUAACAAAAUGUGUUCUCAUGACAAAGUGCCAAACUGGCCCUUGAUUGUGCUUUUUGUUUCUUUCACUGCUUGUGUCUUGUUCAGUUUUUUUUUUGUUUGUUUUUUUAUGUGAAAUUGCAUUUUGUUGAAAAUAUAGAUAUAGAGAAAGUAUAUACAGAAAAAAUAUAUCGUUGUAUAUGUGUACAAAGGAGAAAGUCUAUAAUUGGGUAUUUUGCGCUAGGGGAUUUAUGCAUGAAUUUUAUUCAAAGGAGGGUCAUGGGUAUGGGAGGGGGGGAGGGGGACAAUACAGUCGCACAUUUCCCCCAAGCCGACAAAAGCGCUUCACCUCCCUACAUCAAUUGGAGAAAAAAAAAAAAAGCGUGAACGCGGUCGUCAUCUCGCCCGUCCGUCUCUGGCGUGGAUUUUCAUUUCUUGUUUGCUUCAAGGUCCAACUUAAAGAGUGUGCGUGAUAUCGUCGCGUGUUUUCACCAUAACUCGGCUCUUCUAUUUACCCCACCCUGACCUUGGAAGGUCAAACCAAACUUAAAAUGCCAACUCUUAAGCACACGGGUGGGUCGGCCUGCCAGGAGUAAAACAAACGGGGGGAAACCUUAAAGCAAGUUGUCCCGAUUUUAUUUCCCUCCCUUUUUGUCACCGGUGCUGUCGUAGCUCGUGUGCUAGCUUUUAGCCCGUUUCUUUGAUUCCUUCUUUGUUGUAUUCUGAUCCACGAAGGGGUGGCGGAGGUCGCCACCUCACCGAGCGCUGGAGUUUUGCAAGACACGUCGUGCACAAUGUGGAAGAGAGAGAGAGAGCGAAAGCGCCUUUAUGGUGGAGUCGGUGAUGACUGCCGUGGAAAAAAAGAGACUUUGGAGGAAGCCUUAAAUCACAAAAGGCGGACACGCUGAGCUGACAUUUUAAGGCAUGGCCAGCUUUGUAUCUUCUCCGUUUGCCAAGAUGAAACUUUUGCUAGGAUGUUCGAUCCACGCUUUUGUACCCCCGUGAGGUCAAAGUCGGUGAGGGGGCGGGCCACGAGGCGAACGGACUGCGACGCUACCUGAAGCAGGAAAAAAAAAAAAAAAAACUGCGCUCCGGGCUGUUCUUCUUGUCAAUUUUAUAAACUGCCACUGGAAUCAGACUUGCAUUGUGCAAAGAAGACGUGAGAUGGCUAAAGGGACUUCCGCAGACACAAAUGAAUUAAAAAGUGUACAUUUUUAAAUGUAAGAAUCAACCAGAUGAAAUAUUUGUAAAUAUUAAGUUUCUUGAUCGGUUUUUUUUUCCCCCCUUUGUUUUUUUUUGUUUUUUUAGGGGGAGUGACUGAACAAAAUGCCCAGAUUAUGUGAUAACCUUUGACAACAGGUGCAGUUUGCAAACUUUGUGCUACUUUGUUUUGUCUUGUUCUCAUCGCAUUUUUGACCAUUCUGUAGCAUCCAGACACUGUAGCAGAAAUUCAUCAUGCUGGUUUUCCAAUUCAAUUUCAAAAUCUUAUUUGCCGACAAGUUUAAUUGCCACUUUCAUAUUAUUUUUAUGUGUUCACUUUAAAAUGACAUACACGAUGUGCUGAGUACAUACAUUGAUGUGAAAGUAAAAAUUAGCCAUGUUUUUUUUUUUUUGCCCCACAAAAUGGGAAGUGAAAGGAACCCGCCAUUGGUUCACGGUGCGACAAGGCCCUCGAUUAGCUCACUUCACAUGUUUACAUGAAGCCACUUUAAUGUGGGUCCGACAUGAGGGCUUUGAUACCAUAAGAUGCCUCACACACUCACGUGAUUACGAUCAUACAGCGAAACUGUCAGCACACAAUUGCCUGUUCGAGUUUAUUAUGAUGCUACUAGUCAAGCAAAGUCAUUUGUUUGAAGGCAAUGGCACACACAAGCACACAAUAGCAAACACACACAGGCACAUGAACUUCCUGCUCCGAUUCCAAAGCAAAGUUGCACCUGUUGUCUAUUUUUUUCUCCUUGUCUUUUUUUUUUUUAUUAUCGGAAACCCAAGAUUUGACAAGAAAACAUUUUAGAGUGGCAUUUUGAGAAAAAAAAAGGUGCUAAAACUUAGAGAAAAGUAUUAAGGUGAUAAUCUUUCUGUUUACUUUAGAAGUUAUUAUCCACUGUAUGCUGUGAUACUGAUCUGGAAAACAUUAAAGUCAUUCAUAGCCAG